AUCGCGACAUUGUACGAUCCACAACAUCCGGACAAUAAGCGCUAUCCUGCACCUCGCGAUCGCGAGAGUAACAUAGCUUGGACGGAGCACGAGCGAUCGAGGGCGAGUAAGGCGACUGUACCUACCAGCAUCACAGAUCUUCGGACUAAGCUGGAAGCGAUGUACGACUCAGGCAAGAGAAUGAGCGCAGACUCUUACGUCCAGGUACCAGUGAAUCUCAUACGGGAUACUCUGACGAUUCGCGGCCAGGGGAACUCUCUCAUCGCUGGCAUAUGUACCUCAAUACCUGAACCCAUGCGCAGGGAUAUGAUGGACCGUCUGACUGCCUGCUUUCAGAACAACCCGUUUGAGACGGUGGAAGCUGGAUCAAUGGACGUAAGCCGUACCUUCGAGGUCAUCCAUUUUUCUUGGUAUAAUCGCCAUUGUACUCAGGGUCAUUCGGCUCCGUCUGACAUACCGCCGUCCUUGAUGAGUCGGAAGGGUUGCUCAAGGACGAACCAUGAGCAGUUCAUUCCGUAUACGUCCAAGGACGUGGAAGAACAUCAAUCAAUCUACCAGGCGAUCAAGACGAUACUCGAAGAUAUUUUCCAUUGCAUAGACGACAAGCUCCGGGACAUGCUACCAACUGAGUAUGAACACCUGGAAGCAACCGCUUCCUUUUUGCCAGACAACAACACGUCGCCGGUUCAUCCUUUUGUAGGUUUGGUGAUCAACCUCAAUGUCGUUACUCGAGCGCAC